AUGUUUUCAUCCACUAUUGGACAGGAUUGUCCGAGCAGACGGGAGAUACAAGGCACCCUGAAACAGGUCCAGAAGCUUCUGGCAGCUCAUGAAAGCUCAUAUGGACAAAGUUUGAAAAAUCUGAAAAAGAAAAUCAACCUAUUACAGAACAGUGCACCAAAGCUACCCAGAGACACCAACAUCACCUGUCCCAAGCUGGACGCCCCUCUGUAUGGGAGAAAACUCGGCAAAUCUCAGAGUGUUGGCCAUGAAGUGCACUUCCUGUGUGACCCAGGUUAUGAACUGGUUGGAUCUGAGAGUCGUCUUUGUCAAGAAAGUCUGGUGUGGGGCGGCCAGCAGCCGACCUGCAGAAACAUCAAUGAGUGCGCCUCCUCUCCAUGUCUGAAUGGAGGAACAUGUACAGAUGAAGUGAACCAGUUCUCCUGUGUCUGUGCCAAAGGCUGGGCUGGAGUUACCUGCCAGAGCCCAGUGCCCACCUUCUUCUUGUCCAUAACAAACACAUCUGCUGGUGCUGCUGCUGCUACAGUUCUACCAGCUGCCACCAGUGGACCCUUUGUUCGACCGCCACGAUGCACCAUGACACAGGGCACCACACACUGCACUUGUGAGCCCGGAUACACCAUCUCUGGCAGAGACCCCUACACUUGCACUGACAUAGAUGAGUGCGAGUUGUUUCAUAAUGGACAGUCAGGACGCCUUUGCCUACAUACCUGCGUGAACACUCCUGGAGGUUACCGCUGCAACUGUCCCGCUGGAUAUGAAGUAACUCGGGAUGGCCGUGGCUGUAAAGAUAUUGACGAAUGUGCAACAAGACAGAACAACUGUACAAGGGAUCAGACUUGUAUUAACACAAAUGGUGGAUACCAGUGCGUUCGUGUUGAAUGCCCAAAAAUCCCUAAUGCAUCAUAUGUCAAGACUUCACCCAUGCGGUGUGAGCGCAAUCCCUGCCCUCUGGAUAACAAGGCGUGCUCCCAAACUCCCAACUCCUUCUCCUACCAUUACCUCUCUGUGGUCUCCAACCUGUCCGCUCCUCGGGUGAUGUUCCGGGUGUCUGCGCUGCGUCCAAUCGGGGACACGCUGCGCUUCUCUCUGGUCGGUGGGAGACACAUCCGCAGAUACUUCACAGUCCAGCGCUCAGACCGUCUGACUGGGCAGCUGAUGCUCGUGAGCCCCGUCCAGGGUCCUGCCACUUUAGAGGCCGAGGUGGAGAUGACAGAGCUGGAGAGAAAAGAGCAACUGGGCCGAUACAUCACCAAAGUCACAAUGUUUGUUUCCCAAUAUGACUUCUAA